AUGGAUACCUCACCUCUGUACCUCACCAACUCCUCGGCACUACCCGCCGGUUUCCCCUGCCCCUCUCUGCUCUCACUCCCAGGCUGGUGGACCCGCUGUCAUGGGCAUGAGCGUGGAGCCUGGACCGUACAUUUCAGCACCUUAUGGACCACCGACUCAGACUCCACAUACCAUCUGGGGAUGGUUCUGAGGUCGCUGCAACGGGCGGGACUCACUGCAAACCCUAAGAAGUGUGCAAUUGUAUGGGUUGAGAUUAAAAUAAAUAUAAUAAACUCACUCCUUAAUGUUAACAGGUUCAAAGAAGUAAUAACAAAUUGCUGGGCAACACCUACACCUUAUUCAACAGACAGGAAAAGGUUGACUUUAAUUCUGAACAGUUGCUCUUUAGACAGCACUGUCAACAUAUUUGAAAAUGCCAAAGACAGUCGGUCCAUGUUCCAGCGGUUAGAGAAAGUGUCCACUGUGUGGCUCCAUUGUGAGGUCCAAGUGUGUGAUGGGGAAAAGCUGUUCUGCCAGCCAACUCCAUGUUCAUCAAGAAGAACUGAAGUUGAACUUGAUCCAAAUGGAGGCAUCCUGACAAUGGAGUUUCAAGUCAAAGCACAACUUUCCUCGAGUUUCAUACACCUCGCAGGCCCAUUUCUGUGUAUGCUGUCCAUAAUGAUAUUGAAUGAAUGUUUAGGAUACUUCAGUUUGUAA